AUGAAGUCGCGACACAGCGAUAAACCACAGGUGGAGUGGCAAGUUGGCGACGUGCGCGAUAUGAGGGCUAUUGCGAGUGGAAGCGUGGACGUGGCGUUUGAUAAGGGGACGUUGGAUACCAUGAUUUAUGGGAGUCCGUGGAGUCCGCCGGAUGAGGUGUUGGAGAACAGUGGGAGGUAUAUGAAGGAGGUUAUGAGAGUACUGAAAGAUGAUGACAAACGACUUGAGUUACCGAGCGGCCCCUUCUCACAAGCAACUUCACAUAUCCCAUCUCCUCUCUCCUCUUCCACGCUCUCAUGGGCAAACACACUCCUCUGCUCCGUCUCCCGUCAAAGCUACCUCCCCAUCCUACACACCCUCUUCGAUUCCGCGCGGUCCCAACACAUCCUCACAACCGCCCUCUUAGCAGAACCACAAACAGACUUCCCCUACCAAUACAUCGGUCAGGCCACCUUUUAG